AUGACACGAAUUUACUUGGAUAUGUUUUAUUUAAUGCUUGUUUAUUACUUGUAUUUCAACAAAUUCACUUUGGCAUUAACUCCUCCUAAUACUGUUUGGCAACUUACCGCUGCUCUUGUAGAUUCUAGAAUUUACUUUACAGGUGGAAUAAGAUCACCACCAUUUCAAAAUUUUUUUUAUUUAAACGUUGGUAAACUUUUUAAAAUCGAUGAGCCGCCUUUUGUAGAUCUUGGUUCAGAAGCAGCAAGUGUUCCAGAACAUGCAUGGAGCACAUUUACACAUUGUGGUCAUAAUAAUUCUAAUCUAGUGAUGUUCAGUGGAAUCAGUAAUCCAGACCAUACAAAUGCAGUUUAUACCUAUGAUACGAAAUUACAAUAUCCGGCUUGGCGCAGUUUUUUUACCAAAAAUGAACUUAGUAACAAAUAUAGCCUAUCCGUUUGUGACAAGAAGACUGGAAAAAUGUAUACGUUUAGUGGUAUAUACGAUGAACAUAAUAAUCGAAUGGAUAUUUUUGAUUCAUGGAUAGGGAAGUGGACAUUUAGCAAUGCAAGUAUUGAAAGUACACCAGCAGGAAGAUAUGGUUAUACUGCUACUUUAUUACCAACGGACAUCAUCAUUUACAUAGGUGGGAAUUCCAAUAAUAAAGGUAUCAAUAUGGAUAUGACAAAUCAUACUACAGGUUAUACGCCUGGUGCACGCGAAUACCAUUCCGCCGUUAAGGAUGGUCGUAUUAUCGUAUACGGAAUUUCAAUUCUAAAACACGAUGAUCUUGUGAUAUUAGACACAACACAACAAAAUUUUACAUGGUCAACAGCGUAUGUCUCUACCACGACGCCAACUCUACGCAAUUGCAAUUCGGCUACUUUUGUUGACGAUUAUAUGAUCGUGGCUUUUUGGGAAGAUCCUCAAUAUGGAAAAGAAUUGGUCAUUUUAGAUACGAGUAAUAAAUCUGAUUACAAAUAG